CAAAAACUUCAACUUCUCUCUACCGAUCUCUCCCCUUCAGAAGUCCCCUUAAAUACCCUCCUUACUUCAAGAAACGAUUGCAGGAUACACCCACAAAUCUUUCAUGGCUUCUCUGGUGUUUUCCUUCCACAACCCUAAGUGCACUCACUCCUCCAUAGAUGAAACCCUGCCGCUCAAACGCACUCGUCACCGCGGCAACCUCGGCUUCAAAACCCGCCGUAUGCCUCUAAAGAACCAACCCUUUUCGCCGGGAAGGACUUCAGCGGAAAACUCGAGAACGCUCUCCAGACGCUCCUCUUCUCCUUCUUCGACCGCCAUAAGCAUACACGAGCUCGACGAGACCCAAGAGAACCUGGACGCUCACCACGAGGACGACCGGCCACUGAGCCAAGUUUGGCGAGAAGUGCAGGGUUGUGGCGACUGGGAAGGGCUUCUGGACCCCAUGAACUCCCACGUGCGGCGGGAGAUCAUCCGGUACGGCGAGUUCGCGCAGGCGUGCUACGACUCCUUCGACUUCGACCCCAACUCCAAGUACUGCGGGACGUGCAAGUAUCGAGGGUCUGAGUUCUUCGACAAGCUCGACAUGAGCCAGUUCGGCUAUCAGAUUAGCCGCUACUUGUACGCCACCUCCAACAUCAACCUCCCCAACUUCUUCCAGCACUCCAGGCUGAGCAAGGUGUGGAGCACGUACGCCAACUGGAUGGGGUACAUCGCCGUCUCCACUGACGAGGAGGAGAUCCGGCGUCUUGGGAGGCGCGACAUCGUCAUCGCGUGGCGGGGCACGGUGACCUAUCUCGAGUGGAUCUACGACCUCAAGGACAUCCUCCACCCGGCCCACUUCAAAGACGACCCGGCAAUCAAGAUCGAGGCCGGGUUCUAUGACUUGUACACCAAGAAAGAGAAGAGCUGUCAUUUCUGCUCCUUCUCCGCUCGCGAACAGAUCCUAGCGGAAGUCAAGAGGCUCCUAGAUUACUACCGAGACGAGGAGAUCAGCAUCACCAUCACCGGCCAUAGCCUCGGGGCCGCCCUGGCCAUAAUAAGCGCCUAUGACAUCGCCGAGAUGGGGGUCAAUGUGGUCGAUGACGGCGGCGAGAUGAAGAAAGUGCCGAUCACGGUGUAUUCCUUCGCCGGGCCUCGGGUCGGGAAUCUCAAGUUCAAAGAGCGGUGCGACGAGCUUGGGGUCAAGGUCCUUAGGGUUACGAACGUGCACGACAUGGUGCCGACUGUGCCCGGGAUAUUUGCGAACGAGAAGAUGCAAUUCCAGAAGUACUUGGAGGAGAACCUAUCUUUCCCAUGGAGUUACGCGCACGUCGGGGUCGAGCUCGCGUUGGAUCACGCGCACUCGCCGUUCUUGAAGCCGACCAACGACCCCAGUUGCUCGCACAACCUCGAGGCUCACCUCCACUUGGUGGACGGCUAUCACGGCAAGGAGCGUCGGUUCAGGCUGGUCACCAAGAGGGACAUCGCCCUAGUGAACAAGUGCUGCGACUUCCUGAAGGGCGAAUACGGGGUCCCCCCGUGCUGGCGGCAGGACGAGAACAAAGGGAUGGUGCGGACCGGCGACGGCCGGUGGGUGGUGCCGGAGCGGCCGGUGGACGCCCACCCUCCCGACACCGCGCGCCACCUCGCGCAGGUGCUGGGGGUCGCGAACCUGCCGUUGGAAGCCGCGUGACGAUGCACGGUUCGGCCCCCGUGGUUCGGUCGACGUCAUGUGGUGUUCGUGUACAGGCAUGCAAGAGCGCUGAAAAGUCUACAUUUGGUAAAAUUUUCAGGACCACCAUGCACAUGAUGGAAGUGGCAAAUUAUUGAGCCCCGUUUCUUUUCAGAUGGUUUUGACGCCGGCAAGGAAAAAUGAAUGAACGUUCCAUCAUCAACUA